CUGCACCCUUCUCUCCCCAGUCUCCACCCUUACACCCCCUCCCAGCAGUCUCUGCCCUCCAACCUGCCUCCCAGACCCACUGGUAGGUGGAGGGCAGGGGAAACGUCCAGGGUCUCAGGGGAAGAGUGUCAAAAGUGUGGGUUUCUUUGGGGGGGGGGGGGUUGGGCCUGGAGGCGGAGCUUCUUGGCCUCAGAUUAGAUGUGACUUUGACACCAAGUUCAGGCACGUUAAGCCCCCGUCUCCUUUAUAUGGAAACGUUAAGCUGCUCUGACAGGUUCAGGGGGGCGCGGGGGGAGGACGUCAGGCUCUGGAGCCUUUCCCUUAGGCCCUGCUUUUGCCAGGGAGGGGUCGCCCUGAGUCCCAGGAGCACCCACACCUGAGAACUGGGCCCUGUGGGGCACAGACAGGCCCCCGGGAGGUGAAGCCCCCACCCCGUGUGCUCCAUGAAGUGGACAGUCAUGUCUGCCUUAGUGAGCUGAGUAUGGGCCGAGGGGAUUUAUUCAGGAGGCAGAGCCCUGGGCUGGAGACGCUCAGGGCCCAAACUGGCACCCACCCUGACACUGCACCGGGUGGCCGGGUCUCCAAGCCUAUUCCCCCAUCCAUGAAGCAGGCCAGUGACCCUGACCUCCCAGUGUCCUGAGCAGUCCAGGUUUGGGGCGCCCGCCCCCCACUAGUCCAAGUGCAGGGGUUGUCCCCGCCCAAUGGGCUUGGCCAGGGCCCUGCGCCGCCUGAGCGGCGCCCUGGAGUCGGGGGACAGCAGGGCGGGAGAUGAGGAGGAGGCCGGGCCAGGGCUGUGCCGAAACGGGUGGGCGCCAGCACCCUCGCCUGUGGGGCAGCGCCGCGGGCGGUUCGUCAAGAAGGACGGCCACUGCAACGUGCGAUUCGUGAACCUGGGUGGCCAGGGUGCGCGUUACCUGAGCGACCUGUUCACCACGUGCGUGGAUGUGCGCUGGCGCUGGAUGUGCCUGUUCUUCUCCUGCUCCUUCCUCGCCUCCUGGCUGCUCUUCGGCCUGGCCUUCUGGCUCAUCGCCUCGCUGCACGGCGACUUAGCUGCGCCGCCGCCACCAGCGCCCUGCUUCUCCCACGUGGCCAGCUUCCUGGCUGCCUUCCUCUUCGCGCUGGAGACGCAGACGUCCAUUGGCUACGGCGUGCGCAGCGUCACCGAGGAGUGCCCGGCCGCGGUGGCCGCCGUGGUGCUGCAGUGCAUCACAGGCUGUGUGCUGGACGCCUUCGUCGUGGGCGCUGUCAUGGCCAAGAUGGCCAAGCCCAAGAAACGCAACGAGACGCUCGUCUUCAGCGAGAAUGCCGUGGUAGCACUGCGCGACCGUCGCCUCUGCCUCAUGUGGCGUGUCGGCAACCUGCGCCGCAGCCACCUCGUUGAGGCCCACGUGCGGGCCCAGCUGCUGCAGCCUCGUGUGACUCCAGAAGGCGAGUACAUACCGCUGGACCACCAGGACGUGGACGUGGGCUUUGACGGCGGCACCGAUCGCAUCUUCCUCGUGUCACCCAUCACCAUCGUGCACGAGAUCGACUCCUCCAGUCCGCUCUAUGAACUAGGACGUGCCGAGCUAGCCCGGGCUGACUUUGAGCUAGUGGUCAUCCUUGAGGGCAUGGUGGAGGCCACAGCUAUGACCACACAGUGUCGCUCUUCGUAUCUCCCUGGGGAGCUACUCUGGGGCCAUCGUUUUGAGCCGGUCCUCUUUCAGCGCGGCUCCCAGUAUGAGGUGGACUAUCGCCACUUCCAUCGCACUUACGAAGUCCCAGGGACACCAGUCUGUAGCGCCAAGGAGCUGGAUGAACGGGCGGAGCUGGGUUGCCACAGCCCCAAGUCCAGCUUCCCUGGCUCUCUGGCUGCGUUUUGUUAUGAGAAUGAACUUGCUCUGAGCUGCUGCCAGGAGGAGGAGGAGGAAGCCGACAAGGAGGACGAGGCGGAGGCAGAAGAUGGGGCUGCCAGUUCCCGAGCACUCGCACCAACCCUGGCACUGCCCCCGCCCCCAUGACACCAGCUGGUGUCCCCCCAUUGGUACCCCCUUCCCAGAGGCAGCCAGGUGGAGAGAUCGGGCCCUCCCCUGGGAUGGGGCCAGGCGUUUUCCAAGACUGCCAGGCCUGCUGGAUUAAUUACUAGCCAGUGAACCAUGCCUAGUGGCCCCACCGUGGACAGACUGGAUCUUAAUUCCUCUGUGUUCUGUGCGCCUCCCUGAGACCCCUUUAUCAGCCGGAUUCCUGAGUCUCACCAGAAUUCUGGACCACCCAAGAGGCAAAGACUAGUGGUUCUAGAUUCUUCUAUAUGGCUGGCUUGGAUUGUUGAGUAUGGUUAGGAAUCAAUGAUAUAGACUGCCUCCUGGGGAGGAAGUCAGCAGUACUCAAGCGGCGACACUCGAGCGGCAACAGAGAUCAAGAGUUUACAGGUCUGGACUGACCUGAGAUUCAAAGGACGGUUGCUUCGCGCUCAGCCAACCACGUAGCAUGUCAUUUUUUUUCUAUACCACCCAAGGAGGGAAAGCUAGGGAAUGCCCCCAGACUUCAGGGCCAUCGUGAUUGACCAAAGACAGGGAAUGUUGACUGAGAGUCAGGAACAGACCUGUGGUUCCAGAAAGCCCACGCUGUGAGAUUCUGUGAAUCUGGAUUGACCGCAGAGACAAGCACUGGUGGUUUGAGAACAGGUCUGACCCAGGCAGUAGAAGUCCAGACACUGAAGAGCUACGUUUCUAGAAUGCACAAAACAACAGAGAGUCUGUGGGUCUAGAAGGACUAAAGUGACAGAUGGGGAGUUCCUGA